AUGACUAGUUGUAAUCCACUGAAGAGCCAAGCUCAGCCAGUGCCAAAGAUUCCCAAGUAUUAUGGGAUCACACCUCCAAUCAGUGAAGACCUGCCUACAGAGACUGACACGAUCCAGACUGAAGAACUGAUCAAGUGUCUCAGGUCAUAUGACAUAUUUGAAGAAGAUCUUGAGCACCAACACAGAGAGGAAGUUGUGAAGAGACUGGAGUCUCUCUUUAAAGAAUGGCUCAAAGAAAUGUGUUUAGAAAUGAAUGUACCUGAAAACGUGAUGGACAACGUUGGAGGAAAAGCUCUACCAUUUGGCUCCUUUCGUCUGGGAGCUUAUGCCAAGGGUGCUGAUAUCGAUGUCCUUUGUGUCGGACCUGGAUUCAUUAAGAGAAAGGAUUUUUUCACCUCCUUCUAUGAGAAGCUGAAAGCUCAGGAGGUGAAAAACAUACGGGCUGUCGAAGAGGCAUUUGUCCCUGUUAUCAAGUUUAUCUAUGAUGGCAUUGAGGUUGACAUGGUCGUUGCCAUGGUGGUGCGAAAGUCCAUUCCAGGAAGUCUGAACCUUCUUGACGACAAGAUUCUGAAGGACAUGGACAAAUACAGUGUCAGGAGUCUUAAUGGCUACAGAGUGACAGAGGAAAUCCUCCUUCUUGUGCCAAACAUUCAAAACUUCCAGCUCGCUUUAUUAGCCAUCAAGCUGUGGGCCAAACGUCGUAACAUUUACUCGAACAUGCUGGGCUUCCUGUGUGGAAUAUCAUUGGCCAUACUGGUGGCCAGAAUCUGCCAGCUCUACCCAAAUGCAGCUGCGUCCACAGUGGUCAUCAAGUUUUUUAAGAUCUACUCCAUGUGGGAUUGGUCAAUCCCAGUUUGUUUGAGGGUCGUAGUGGACCGCUAUUACAACCUGCCCUUCUGGGAUCCAACGCUGAACCCAAGUGACCGCUGCCACAUGAUGCCCAUUAUCACCCCAGCGUAUCCACAGCAGAACACAACCUUCAACGUGUCUUCUUCCACCUUGGCUGUUAUAACAGAGGAGAUCAACCUUGGUCACGCCAUCACCCAAGAAAUACUGCAGAAAAAAGCUGACUGGUCCAAACUGUUUGAGACGCCACACUUUUUUGAGAAGUACCAGUAUGUAUUGAGUGAACCUAAAAACAGAAAUAAGUAUUGCCUAACUGCUCUUGAAAAUUGUUUGCAAUAUGUUGUGCUGAAAGUUACUUCUGCAGAGAAGCUGCACCAUGAGUGUGUCAGUCUGGUGGAGUCUAAAAUCAGACACCUGGUGGGACUUCUGGAGCGAAACAGGCAGAUUUCCCGCGCUCAUCUUCAUACACAGUCCUUCCCUGGACCCAGUCAGGAAAAUAACAAGUAA